CAAAAGGGAAAAGGAAAACUUAAUUGUGUCCAGCACUUAUAAGGAAUGAUCUUGGAAACAUUAUCAAGAUGACUACUACAAAAUUACAAUCCAACUACAAUCAAAUAAUACAGCUUUUAUGUAUCGGGACAAGACUGCAGACCAUAAUUGUACGGUGGCAACUCCUGCUAAUAUUGUUCAUAUGCAACUGUAUUGAAUUUUCCAUUUCAAACAAAAUCUCUUCAGUGGGCGCAUUUGAACCAGAUUUCGUGUUUCCAUUGGAAAAUGUGACAAUAGCACAAGGCCGUGAUGCGACCUUUACGUGUGUGGUCAAUAAUCUUGGUGGUCAUAGGGUGAGUGGAGAAACCACAACAGCCAGG